CAGUUGCUUUAGUCUGAAUUUCGCUUUCAUAGUGAUUCGUCGUCGAAUGUUAGUAAAUGCAUAGUUAACUUCGUUGACGUGUUUUCGAAUUCGUUAAUGUGUACAUGUGUAUACAUAUAUAUGUAUAUGUGUACAUAUAAAUCGAGUUAAAUUGUUACGGUUUUUGCGGAUCAAUUUAUAAUAAUGUUGUGAGUGAAAUUACAAUUGUAGAAUGUGCAUAAAUUGUUUAACAUGUGUAAACUAAGAUACUAAUGUAAAAUAUAACAUAUUGUGGUGCAUAAGUCUGGUCUCGUUUAGCCUCACCUCGCGUAUUUUUUGGUGUGAACCAACGCAUAUGUAUAUAUAUGCAAGUAUGUAAAUUCAUAUGUACAUACAUGUGUACACCGAUAUCAAAGUAAAGCUCUGUGAAUCAGCUUUAAGGGUGAUACACAAUUACGAACUUGCAUAAAUUUCAGUUGAAAUAUUUGAAAGCGAAAAGCUAUUAAGCGUGCCGCAAUUAUCCGCGAAAUACUGUAGUUAAAAUACAAAAUAGUGUUAUACUCGUUUUAAUACGUAUUUACUGGUAUAUGUACGCAUAAAUGUGUAUAUAUGUAGAUGUGUAUAAAUAUUAGUGCACGUUGAAGUGAACAAUAAAUCGGAAAAUAGUGGCGAAAGAAUAUUUUAAUUUUAUAACCACGGUGUUGGAUCAUGGAGCUACAAACUUGAGUGAUUAGAUUACUUCGAUUGCUGGAAUGCUUAAAAAGUUAAUUUUUACAAAACACUGCAAUGUAUCCUAACCAAGGUAACGUCAAUAUGGGCGGAGGGCCAAGUGCAAGUCCAAAUGGAGAGGAGAUACAGCAUCCAUCUCCGCAGCACCAACAACAACAAAAUAUAAAUUACAAUGGUGCCCAAACGAAGCAGCAACAUACGGACUCACAAUCUUCGUCUCAGCAACAGACGAGUGCAAAUAAGAAAAUUGCGAAAAAGGCGUACGUUAAAAUUGUAGAGCAACCCGCUAGUAAAGCUUUAAGAUUUCGAUAUGAAUGUGAAGGCCGUUCAGCUGGUUCGAUACCUGGCGUGAACUCGACACCGGAAAUGAAAACCUUUCCCACUAUCGAAAUUGUUGGCUAUAAGGGGCGAGCGGUAGUUGUAGUCUCCUGUGUAACCAAGGAUGCACCGUACCGUCCGCAUCCUCACAACCUAGUGGGUAAGGAGGGCUGCAAGAAAGGCGUUUGCACAUUGGAAAUCAACAGUGAAACAAUGCGUGCUGUAUUCAGUAAUUUGGGAAUACAAUGUGUUAAAAAGAAAGAUAUUGAAAGCGCCUUAAAAGCUCGUGAAGACAUACGCGUCGAUCCCUUUAAAACGGGAUUCUCACACCGAUUUCAACCAACAAGUAUAGAUCUGAAUUCUGUGAGAUUGUGCUUUCAAGUAUUUCUUAAAGGUGAUCUAGGGCGUUUCACAGUACCCCUUCCCCCAGUCGUCUCCGAACCAAUAUAUGACAAAAAGGCCAUGUCAGAUCUCGCAAUUGUUCGGAUAUGUAGUUGUUCGGCAAGUGUGCUAGGCAACACUGCAAUUAUUUUACUCUGUGAGAAAGUAGCUAAGGAAGACAUUGCCGUACGAUUUUUUGAAGAGAAAGAUGGUGUCAUAGUUUGGCAGGGGUAUGGAGAAUUCGAGCACAAUGAUGUUCAUAAACAGACCGCAAUUGCAUUUAGGACGCCCAAAUAUCACAAGACGAAUAUAACAGAACCAGUCGAGGUUUUCGUUCAACUACAAAGGCCGUCAGACGGAGCAGUUAGUGAUUCUGUGCGAUUUGAAUAUGUGCCGGCUGAGUCGGGUAGGUAUUCUUUAGAAAAUUUACGUCGUUUGCUCAAACGGAAGCCCGACGAGAGCGUAUUUCAAGCAAUUUUAGACACAGCCGGGGAGAAAAAGUUAAAUUUUGUAGAUGUGGUUGAUUUGGAUACACUAGUCGUGGAUUCACAGCGAGAAGUUGAAGAGGACGAAGCAGAUAAGCGUCGUAAGGAGAAUGAAAUUGAUGCUAUAAUUGACGAGAAAGUAAGAGAGUUGGAACAGCAAGAACAUCUGAAACUGCUGCAAUUGAAGCCAGAACAACAAAAAACGCAAUUGCUGGAAGUAAAUAUGGAAAAUGUAGAGCAUAAAGUGGAAGAAGUUUUGAGUUCGCAAAUGGAUCAGAUAAAGUUUCCAGUACUUGAAGAGCAGAAACCGCUAACCGUUAACGAUAAAAUUAACGAAUGGAUGAAAAGCAAUGAUUUGCAAGAAACAGAGGGGUCUCCACCCCCAGACGGAGCGGCAUCUAUUGCUUCUAUCGACGAAGAUAAGGUACUGACUGCCCUCUUGGAUGAAGCUGCUGAGCUGGACGAGAUUUACACACGUCAUGUAUAUCAACGCGACUCAUACAACGCUAAACUUAGUGAGUUGAAUGGGUUUAAAUCCAAGACCGAUGAUCAUAAGACACCCAUGGAGCUGGACGAGAGUUUUGAUGACGCAGCUACUUACAGUAGCUUGCAGAGAGCGUUUAAGAAUCCAAUAGAUAUACCUUUGGCUGAAUUAAUGCCACCAACUCCACCAGCCUCUCAGCUUGCACCAGAGGAUGCACAGUCAUAUGAUCGCAAUGAUAUUUUCACAAUAAGUGCCGAUGUUGCGCUUGAGGCAUUAGAACAGCUUUCAAUACCGCCUUUACAACAGCAAGAACAAAAAAAACCUCAACAAACCUUACCACCACGCCCAAUGCCACCGAAAUAUUUAUCACCACAUAUGCAUGUGACGGCUGCGGAAGAGGAGAAAUUACCACCUCUUCCUCCGAAACGUAUUCGUAAGCAGGAUAAUGGCAUUGAAGUAAAUAUUAAUGAUGUAAUGGAAAGUAGAUCGCGUUCUCCAGCACCGAUAAUAAUAAAAAAGACACCCGAUCAAUCACCGCUUUCGAAACCGGCUAACGAAUGUAAUUCGAAUACUUUGCCAAGGCAAAAAAAGCAAGGCUUCUUCUCGAAAAUUUUCUCCCGCCGCAAGAGUAGGCAGGACCUCAGUCAAAAUGGAGGCGUUGCUUCGAACUCUAAAGGCACUACACCAAAUUUAAGCCGAGAGCCAAGCAUUGCUCAAUUCCGAAUGAACGAUCCAAAUCGUGGUUCUGUAAAAUCAUUACAACCUUUGUCUCUACCAACAAGUCCUUCCAAAAACGAAUUUAAUAAAACAACUAAAACAAAUCGCCCAGUGGGCCGUAGUGUUAGUAGCGUUUCCGGAAAGCGACCCACACGAUUGACCGCAGACGUUAUACACAUCCCAUUGAAAGGCGACAGCGUUAAUAGUUUACCACAAAAUGAGGCGUAUUCACACGCCAGCACUGUAACUUUGAGCAAUACACUCGACCGCAAAACCGUUUCUGCAUUGCAACUUGCCGAUAUACCGAUUUGUGAGGGUAAUAUGGAGCUUGUGGCGAUAGCUGAUCGUCAAAGUCUGCGUAACUUGUGCGAAGGGGCUUUUAAUGUCCAGCUCGAUCCUGAUGUAGAUUUAACAGAAGCGGAACAUUUCGCUCUGUAUACUAGCAUACCGCCACAGGCGACAGCUAGCGAAUUCGACGAAGCCUCUGCAUACUACGCAGCAGUCGACGCGGGGGAAAUUUUAACUCCAGAUGAAAUCGCCAGGCGCUUGGCAGCCGCUAACUGCAUCAAUUGAAAUGAAUAAAUGCAGUUAACUCUUCCAAGGGUUGGGAAUUUUUAUAACACAUGUACUUACCUAUACCUAUAUAUGUAAUAAUAGUUGACUUUAUAAAAAUCGAUUAUUGUUCGUGCUUCAAUCCAGAUGUGCUUGUAUCAAAUAAUAAUGGAAGUGAGAGAAUAACUUGUAUUACUUCCUCCUUCCUUUCACUAAAUCGAGAUGUAUUAAAAAACGAAUACAAUAUUUAGGUCAUUUGAUAUUUUUAAUUGAAAAAAAAAAUUUUUGAAAUGAUCCAAAAAUAUUUUUUGCAACGAGUUGCAACAAAAGAAACCCCAAUUUAUAUGUCGGCAUUUGUACUUGUUAAUUAGACGAAAAGAAAUUUUUUGAAAUGGCUUUUAUAAUAUAUGAGUAGUCAUACAUGACGUAAUGUAUUGACUAUGUAGACAAAUUUUUUAUUAUUGAACGAAAACUUUAAGAAUCGAAGAAAUAUUCUAUGGAGCAACAAAAAAAAUAAUGCGCGUUCUUAUAACACUUUUUGUAAACAUAUUUGAAAACAAACCAUACUUGCUAUUAAUGCAGUGGGCUUAAACGAUUUAACAACUCUUUUUUUUGUCAACGAGGGAAAUUGAGAAUAGAAAAAGUGCGUCAAACUAUUCAUCCUUCUCAUGUACUCACCUUGGAAUUGUAGAAUUAGAAUUUGGAAAUAUAUUUAGCUUUAAGUUAAAUAUGUAGAUUAAAUUUUCAAUACUGUUUAUCUAUGUAUGUAGAAUGUAACAGAGGAGAACAUUUUAUAAGCAAAUACACAUACAUUUACAUAUGUAUGUAUUUGCAUUGGAGUUUA